GCCCGGAAGGAAGGAAGGAGCCGUGGAGGGGCGGAGCGGAGGAGAGGCAGCAUAGAGGAGAGGGGAGGCCUCUAGGCUGCUGUGUCGGUAGCUGUGGAUGAAGGGUGCGAAUCUCAGACUCUCUGCACGCAGGAUCCAAUAAGAUUUUGAAAUGUCCUUUAUAUUUGACUGGAUUUACAGUGGCUUCAGUAGUGUACUGCAAUUUUUAGGAUUAUACAAGAAAACAGGUAAACUAGUAUUCCUCGGAUUGGAUAAUGCUGGAAAAACUACUCUCUUGCACAUGCUUAAAGAUGACAGACUGGGACAACAUGUCCCCACAUUACAUCCCACUUCUGAAGAGCUGACAAUUGCUGGUAUGACGUUUACAACUUUUGAUCUAGGAGGACAUGCUCAAGCUCGCAGGGUUUGGAAAAACUACCUGCCUGCCAUCAACGGCAUUGUCUUUCUGGUGGACUGUGCAGAUCAUGAAAGAUUGGCUGAAGCUAAGCAAGAACUUGAUGCAUUAAUGACAGAUGAAACUAUUGCUAAUGUGCCUAUCCUAAUUCUUGGCAACAAGAUUGACAGACCAGAAGCCAUCAGUGAAGAGAGGUUACGAGAAAUGUUUGGUUUGUAUGGCCAGACAACAGGAAAGGGGAAUGUCUCGGUGAAGGAAUUGAAUACUCGGCCCUUAGAAGUGUUCAUGUGCAGUGUGUUAAAGAGACAAGGUUAUGGGGAAGGAUUUCGCUGGAUGGCACAAUAUAUUGAUUAAUGCCAAAUUCACAUUACUACACACUAUCCAAACCUGCUCAUGUUCUGAUCAAUCAGUGUACAUAACUUGAACUUAAUAGAUUUUGGUUACAAAAGCGUAUUUUUUUUAUUGUAUCAAUUGUGUUAAAUUUUAAGCAUAAAGACUGAAAACAGAUUUUAAGCAAGUUUGUCAAUUUGGAUCUUGUAACAUUAGUCUCUAGGCCUAUCAAACCACCUUCUUUUUGGAUUAAUUUAUAUGUUGUCUCACCCAUUUUUGUUUUUAGCUUUCCCACACAGUAUGUUUUUUGAAUGCACUUUUUAACAGCUCAACCCUACAGACUUGUUGGUCCUAUUUAAUGCUCAUCAUGUUAAAUUUUUAAGUAUUUUUUUCAGAACCAAUUUUAUAAAUGUAAAGUGAAUAACAAUUCCUCAAAGGAUAGUAAUGAAUAAGCUUUAUGAAUAAUUGCAUGAUGCCUUACAGUUUUCAAUAAUAUACUUUUCUUAUGCAACGUCAUGCAAUAAAACUAAAUCCCAUUUCGUGACAUC